AUGCUUAUUAUUCGAUUUUGGUUAGAACAACUUUUUAAAUGUGCUUUUGUCGAUGCCGUGUUUGAAAAUGUUAUAUUUAAUCCAGAAAUGAUCAAUUUAUUAUUUGAUGAAGACAAAACAAUUGUUACAAAAUUUCAUAUUCGAGACCGUCUCUAUCUUACAGCUGGCGCUAUCACAUUUGAAAAUAUUUUUAAAUUGGCUUUAAAUAAUUUUGCAAUUUAUCAGUUCAUUGCCAUUGGUUCCGAGCAUGUUUGCAACGUUGAAAAAUAUACUGAUAUUGUAUUUAAAAUUAUAAUAAAUGAGGGAAACAAAUUCCCUCGAAUUUGCUUCAAUAUUUCUAUGGUGAAGGAGCUUUAUGAUCUUAUUACUGAGGCAAGUUGUAUAGUUUCAAGUAAGGUUGUCGGAUCCAGAUAUCUAAAGAUUUCCAACUAUCCGACAACCUUAUUUUCAGGGCACUUUCGGGCUUAA